AUGGAGUAUAGAGAUGAGACAGCGCCCAGGAGGCGGCGCACGAAGCGAAGAGGCGAGACUCGUGAACGCGAUUUCACCUGGAGUGGAACCAACAAACGCGCUGCUGGGCAUCGCAGGAUUCGUCGUGAUGACGACAAAACAGACGUGGAAGAUGAGGCCGUCGACAGCUCGGAUGAUGAGAGCGACGACGAAGACACAUCGCCGGCGGCUCCUCAACCGACAUCACUGCCAGGGAUGAACACGCCUUUGCCUCAACCACCGCCGCCACCGCCAAUCGCUACGUCGCCCUCAGCCACGUUGGACAGCCAGACUCCGCCCCCGGCAUCACUGGGAACUCAAACAUUGGAAUCUAGCACGGUUUCAACCACCAGCCAGCCAGCCACCAACACGCCGGUAGCCGCGUCCGAGACCAUAGAUCCCCCCCGAACUCAGAACGAAGCCAGCCUGAGCCGCCAGUCCGGCGGUAUGCCCCCGGCGGCCACGGCCGCACUCGCGGUCUUAGUAUCCUUGGGCGGCGUCUGCCUCGUAGCCUUCCUCUUCUGGAAACUGUACCGCCGGCGACGGGGCCGCGACGAGCCCGAUCAGAGUUCUGAGAAGGACUUUUACUAUGGUAGCGGCCCCAAGUCUGAUAUCCGCGUCAUGGACGAGGCGAUGGCCGCCGUCUACAAGGCAGAGGGCGGUUACGGUGCAAGCGCCCCCUCAACUCGUUACAGCGCAUCCAUCCUACCCGACAAAGGCGUGUCGCGAUGGAGUGAUUCCACGCCCGGCUGGCUCAGGCGGCAGGUACAGAAAGUGAAAGCAGCCACCAGCCACGGCGCCGCCGGCACAGCAGCAGGAGACGAACCAUCGCCCAAGGACGCCGCUGUCUCCGGGUGGAUGGACCGGCACACAAGCCGCAUGCUCGACCCGAUGGUGGCGCGGGCCAGCAUCGCAUCGAGCGGCGUCGCCAGCCUCAGAGGCCUGGGCCCGGUGCCCUCCGUAUCCCCCGCCUCCGUGGUGGGCGAUCCGCGGGAGAGCAUCCUCAGCGAGAUGGGCCAGAUCAGACGGGCUGCCGUGCCGCCGCCACUCGAUCCGAAGAUGGUGGAGAGGGUCAGACAGAUGCAGGGGCAGAACCAGAUGCGAGAACAGGAGCAAGCGCGUGGCCCCGUGGCCGACGACGUCGAACAAGGUGCACUGCGGCCGCCUCCGCCCAUGGCUGAUCGCUGGGGGAACAGUAGUCCAAUGAGCCCAGCCCAGACUGAGACUACGUGGAACACCUGGGGAGUAGAGCAACGUCGGAAGUGAUCCUGGGCUGGGCUUAAGUCACUGCGAC